AUGGCCUCCAGAAGAGCGUGUAAACAGUUAUGGCACAUUCAGCCCAACACAAGCGCAAUCAUAAACCGAAGCAUUCCCAAACCCGCGGUGCCCAUCGGCAAACUCCUACCGACAGCGUCAUGUCUCCUCCCGAAAACCCGUCUUAUAACUCAAUGCCAACAAUCAAGUUUCUACUCAUCGCAACCUCGAAUUCGCCAAUACUCAAGUCAUGCUCCUGAGACGUCGAAACACCCGAUCCCGAAAUGGACCCCGCCGGAUGACCCCGCCUCUCGGCCCGUAAUAGUACUGGGUGCAGGGGUUCUCGGCCGCCGUCUUGCCGUAAUGUGGGCCUCCACCGGCCGUCCGGUUAUUUUGCAGGACAUCAACCAGAAAGCGCUGUCUUCCGCAAUAGUCUACAUCGGCGAUGCGCUGACGACUGUUUGCGCGGUGCGUGAAACGCGUCCGGGCCGCGUGACGACUAGCACAGUUCUCGAAGAAUCUUGCGCUGCGAACCCGUGGAUGGUCAUCGAGGCCCUACCAGAGGACCCAGAGAUCAAGCGGGAGAUGCUUGGAAAGGUUGAUUCACUCGUUCCAGAGGACUGCAUCCUUGCCUCGAACAGCUCUACAUGGCCUACCUCGGCCCUGAGAACAUUGAUUUCCCGUCCAGAGCGACUUCUCAAUACACACUACCACCUCCCGCCGCGUAACACAUACGUGGAGCUCAUGACUUGCGGUGCAACCGACAAAGAUCUCAUGCCUUUUCUCAAGAAGCAGAUGCGCAGUGUAGGCUUCACCCCACUCGCGCUGCCUCAUGAGUCUGUAGGCUUUGUUUUCAACCGCAUAUGGUCGGCCGUCAAGUCAGACACCCUGAAGGUUCUGCAAGCCGAACUAGCGUCGCCGCACGAUAUUGAUGCGCUCUUCCGAGACUUCUUCCAUGCUGAGAAGGGUCCAUGUGAGAAGAUGGAUGAGGUUGGCUUAGACACGGUGUGGCAAGUCGAGAGGAACAGGGUGAACAUGGGUGUCGUGGAUCCGAAAAAUGCGGGGUACACUGACUGGCUGGAGGAGAACUUUAUCUCAAGGGGAAGAUUAGGAGAAAAGACAGGGGAUGGCUUAUACUCUGCAGAAGAAAGAAGGUUGUUGGCCCAGAAGAGAGCAUUGACGAAGAGUUCGUAUUUGAAGUUACGCUGA